GUUUAUCUUCGCCUCAGAAAUAUAUUUAAGCUCCUACGCGAUCAAUCGUGCUGAAUUUUCUCUUUUCUCUACCAUCGUCGAAUUGAUCUAGAAAAAAGCAACUCAGAGACCACGUGCCACGAAUUGUUUUAUUUUCUUGUUUAUUUGAUUUAUCUUUUUUUUUUUAAAAAAAAAAAUGGCAAGUUACACUUUCAGGGGCUGGCUGGGCUAUGACAAAACAGCAGACCAGGGCAAGAUGGUAUGGGGAGAGUUCGAGCCAAAAGCCUGGGAGGAAACAGAUGUUGAUAUCAAGAUUACCCACUGCGGCAUAUGCGGCUCGGACCUCCACACGCUUCGAAGCGGAUGGGGUCCAACAAAUUAUCCGUGCUGUGUCGGCCACGAGAUUGUGGGAAUUGUCGUGCGAGCUGGCAGCAAGGUCGAAGGUAACAUCAAGGUAGGCGACCGUGUUGGUGUUGGAGCCCAGUCGGACUCUUGCCUUGGUCGCUUGCAGAAGCCAUGCGAGGAGUGCAGAUCGAACAUGGAAAACUACUGCCCACACAGUUUCGUCGGUACCUAUGACGGCACGUAUCUGAACGGCAGCAAGUCGUACGGUGGUUAUGCCCUGUACCACCGAGCGCCGUCGCAUUUUGUUGUCAAGAUUCCUGAUGGUUUGCCAUCUGCUGAGGCAGCACCAAUGCUUUGCGCCGGCGUGACGACAUAUUCCCCAUUGAAACACUACGGUUGCGGACCUGGGAAACGCAUCGGCGUUGUAGGAUUUGGUGGACUAGGUCAUUUUGCUAUCAUGUGGGCCAAGGCUCUGGGUGCUGACUACGUCGUCGCCAUAUCCCGAAAAGCGAACAAGGCAGCGGACGCUCUCAAAUUAGGAGCUGACGCUUACGUCUCAACUGAGGAGGAUCCAUCCUGGGCAUCUAAGCACUCUCGUUCGUUCGAUAUUGUAAUCUCAACGAUUUCAUCAUCAAAGAUGCCUCUUGGCAAGUACUUGGGUCUACUUCGGAGGGAUGGAACGCUUGUGCAAGUGGGCAACCCUGAUGAUGGCGUCUUCGAAGUACCUGCACCGAGCUUGAUUUUUGGAAGGGUAAAAUUGGGAGGUUCUUUGAUUGGAUCGCCUCAAGACAUUCGGGAGAUGCUUCAACUUGCCGUAGAGAAAAACGUCCGUCCAAUGAUUGAGGAGCGUCCAAUGUCCAGAGCAAAUGAGGCCAUCGUUGAUAUGGACAAGGGAAAAGCUAGAUACAGAUAUGUCUUGGUGAACGAAGAGAACCUAUAGGUAUCUCGUUCAGUGAUUUGUAGUUGUAGUAGUAGUAGUGAAUGUUGGCUGCGUUAGAACUUCGUUUUCAUAUCUCUGGGGAGUGCACAUAUCCUCUGGAAACAGUUUCGGCUCUCCACGCUUCGCUCGCCAGAUAUUCGUCGAUUCAAAAAGCUCCCAGCAUCCAUAUAGAAC